AUGUCUUACAAAGACGCGGCGUGUAGCACGAAGUUGGGAAUAAUUCCUCCUGACUAUCCCACUACAGUAUGGUCGACGGAAAGACUAACGGCCAUACAACAUGCUAUCCUGGAGGCGAUAAGGAAAAAGCAGACUGGCGCUGCAAAGCCCAAAUUUAAUAGCUGCACCUUUCGCCCAGGAUAUAUAGUUAUAUCAUGCGGCUGCGAUGAUACGGCUAAUUGGCUAAAGGAAGUAGUUCCUAAGCUGAAGCCGUGGAAAGAUGCACAGCUGAAGAUUGUGCAGGAGGCGGACAUACCGCGCCCACAAAUCUUCGUUGGUCACUUUCCAGAAUUGGACAGCCCCUCAACUGAGGAUAUUAUUAGCCUCCUUGACGGCCAAAACGAGGGCCUCAACACCAAUGACUGGCGGGUGCUCAACAGAGUGCGCAAGGGUACGGUGGUAGAAAUUACCAUUGCUAUUGACCCAAUCUCCGCAAAAGUCAUAAAGACUUCCAACAACUGGUUGAACUACGGGUUCGGUAAAACCCAACUUCGGCCAAAAUCUAAAGGCCCGAUUGAUCCGCCUAAGGUUACCGAACAGGACCCUGAUCCCUCGGCGAAGCAAAGCUCUGAGGAAGCGGGAACUUUGACUCCAACGGCUUCAAUAGCCCAGGACGAUAAGGCCAGCUGCGCCAGUCACGAGCCAGAAAAGCCAACAACAUCCGGCACAUGGCGCCAUAACGUGGCCGAGGGUAUCCGCAUGCGACCCCCGCUGCAGGCUGAUAAAAAAGCGCACAGCCACAACAAGGAUCGAAGGGGGGAUCAGAUGUCCGCUGAGGAAGCAGUCCUGCUGAAAAGCAACCGAGGCAAGAAAAAGGCAGCCAUUGCCAAACGAAGGAUCACUAGAUGA